GUGUUUAUCAAUUAUAUCGAUACUAAACACUCGCGUCCAAUAUUUUUAAGAAAUGGCAUUUUAGUUCCAAGAUUUUACUUGUCCAAUGACUCAUUUUUCACCCCAUGCAAACUAUUUUGAUAUUACUUUUAACUACAUUCGCUAAAAAACGAAGUGAUCAAAAACCUUGGCCACAGAAGCGGCGUCACAGAAGUUAUUUCACGCACCAAAAUGCAACGACCAAGUUCUGAUGAAAAAAUACACAUAGCUACUUUAGAUGUACGAAAUUACCGCCCUGACGAAGUAAGCCUGCGAGUCGAGGGGAACAUCUUGGUCGUAAAGGCAAAGCACUAUUCCGAUGGAAAUUUUGGCUUUGAGCGAAAUGAAUUCCAACGAACUUAUCCCAUCCCGCAAGACGCAGAUCCCGCCAGUAUAACGUCGAAGAUUUCACAAGAUGGUUAUCUAACCAUUGAAGCGACCAGGAGAGUGGUUAAAACAGAGGACGACUUUCCGCUCGGGGGAUUCGAGACGCGCGCUGGAGAAGUAGCCACAAUUGACGACAGGAAAUUCAGCGUUUUGUUGGAUGUGACGAACUUCGCGCCAGAAGAGAUCAAAGUCAAAGUUGUCGGCAACGAGCUAUCGGUCAGCGCGAAACACGAAUCUGAAACAGAGGGGCAUUUCAGUUCUCGUCAGUUCAACCGCCAUUUUGUGCUGCCCAGAGACGUGAAUAUGAGCUCGGUGGUGUCGCGUCUUACUGAAGAGGGAAAGCUUCUUGUUGAAGCUGAGAGAAAAGCAUUGCCGCCGCCACAAGAGAGGUUUAUCAGCAUUGAGAAAGAAAAAAAGGCCUGAUUUGAGAGAGCCAUCAUGAACUACCGUGGCUUGCUUUUGAGUACUGUUGGCCUUGUAAGCGUUUAAAUUUUUCACAAGUCUAUUAGUCGAAACAGGAGCCAUCCCCUAUUAUUGCUCCUGGUUGAAAUUAACAAAAGUUUAUAAUUGCUGUCUAAACUGUUGCAGUGGUCGCUACAAUUCAACGUUAAGCAGUUAUAAUUUUGUGUUGAAUAAACUACGAUUUUAAAAAUGUAAUAAUAAGUUUCCUCGUUGUAGGCUUCAUGGGAAGGAUUUUUUAGUCCGCUUUGCUCAUGGGGAGAUUGCAUCAAUCUUGUCAGUGCCCCCUUCCCAACAUACCUCGCGACCACUAGGAGCAAAUGAGAAUGGAACACACGUUCAAAACUUCCUCAAAAUUCCAUUCUAAUGACGUAGCUCUACCGAGACCAGAAUGGCAACCUCGUUCCCAAGCUCUCUCUCCUCUGCCUCCCGUGUUCACAAAGGAAGCAGAGGAGAGACGAGGUUGCCAGAAUGCAAUUUUUCGUGUCGAGUCUCUCGCUCGGUCGUCCUUAAGGAACGGCAAUAGACCUCAGCACGAGGCUCUGGGGAAUAAAUCCCACAAACUGUGUAGUUAUUCCCCAGAGCCUCGUAAUGAGGUCUAUUGGUUUAAACUGAAUUUUAAUAUAGCGAAAUUGGUGUAUUAUUUGAAUGCGCGGAACUUACUUUAUCUUUAGCGUGGAUAGUUAAGAAAAACUGAUAAAGUUACUGCUUAAAAACUGAUUAGUCAUUUUUUUUACUAGUUGUGUAAUGAUACGUUUCACUGACGAAAAAGGAAAUUGAAACCUUUUACUUCGUCCACAAAACUGAAACCGUCAAUCCCGGUCGAGCUCCCUUGCUCCCAUACCUUUUUCUACU